UUUUAUUGUCUUUUUAUUCAUGUUUGUUGGAGGAGGUUAUGUCUUUAUCAAAAAAAGGCAAACAGAAGGACCAACAGGACUACUUUAUGCAUCUUCUAAUCCAGAGUAUCUCAGUGCCAGCGAUGUUUACAUCCCUGAUGAAUGGGAGGUCCCACGGGAGAAAAUUGCCCUGCUGCAAGAGUUGGGACAAGGCUCCAUUGGCAUGGCCUACGAGGGAAUCGCCAAAGACAUUGUGAAAGGCGAAGCGGAGACACGAGUAGCAGUCAAGACAGUAAAUGAAACUGCCAGCCUGCGUGAGCGUAUUGAGUUCCUCAACGAGGCUUCUGUGAUGAAAGGUUUCAGUUGCCACCAUGUGGUUAGUCUCCUGGGAGUAGUAUCAAAAGGGCAACCAACACUAGUAGUUAUGGAGCUAAUGGCUCACGGAGACCUGAAAAGCUGUUUGAGGUCUUUACGGCCAGAUGCAGAGAAUAACCCUGGCCGCCCCCCUCCAACUCUCCAAGAGAUGAUUCAGAUGGCUGCAGAGAUUGCUGACGGCAUGGCUUAUCUGAACGCCAAGAAAUUUGUCCAUAGAGAUUUGGCAGCACAAAACUGUAUGGUGGCUGAAGAUUCCACAGUCAAAAUUGGAGACUUUGGCAUGACCAGAGAUAUCUAUGAGACAGACUAUUACCGCAAAGGAGGAAAGGGUCUGCUGCCUGUGCGCUGGAUGGCUCCAGAAUCAUUGAAGAAUGGUGUCUUCACGGCCUGUUCAGAUGUGUGGUCUUUUGGCGUUGUCCUAUGGGAGAUCAGCAGUUUAGCAGAGCAGCCUUACCAAGGACUCUCCAAUGAGCAGGUCCUCAAGUUUGUCAUGGAUGGGGGCUGCCUUGAAUGGCCAGAAAACUGUUCAGAGCGACUCCACAACCUCAUGCAGAUGUGUUGGCAGUACAAUUCCAAGAUGCGCCCCGCCUUCAUCGAGAUCAUUGAAAUGCUGAAGGAUGAUCUUCACCUGACUUUCCGAGAAGUCUCGUUUUUCUACAGCGAGGAGAAUAAGCCACUGGAGACAGAAGAGUAUGAGCUGGACUUUGAAAACAUGGAAAGCAUCCCUCUUGACCCAGCCUCUUACUUUCAGCGGGAUGAGAUCCUAGGGCAGGACAAUGGGCCCUCUCUAGGGUUCAAAGGGAACUAUGAGGAGCACAUCCCUUACACUCACAUGAAUGGUGGCAAGAAGAAUGGCCGCAUCCUCUCCAUGCCUCACUCAAGCCCAUCCUAAUAGACCCCUUGGCUUUUCCUCAUGAUACAAAUCUCAGGACUUGCAGUAUUGCUGGCACAGCAUUUGAGACACACCGACUUACUUUCUAUUCAGAUUUUUAAUCAUCAAAAUAGAACAGCCAUUUGGGGUAGGGGAAGGUUUCUUGUGUGUUUCUGUUCUUCUUUUUUUGGUGCAACAAUUCACUUGCUGUCAGCGGACUUUAUCUGUGAAACAAAUGGACAAUUCUGUGGCUGCUGAUCUCCUCUCGUGCAACUCUGAUUUUGAGGUAGGAAGUGAUUUCACACAACAACGUUGGAAAAGAGAACUUCUGUCUACCCCUUGUAUUGAGCAGAGGAACUGCAGGUUCUCUCUACUACUGCAGGGAAGGGAGCCUUGGACUGGAUCGUUCCCAAGCCGAACCUGAAGCUCUUCUCUUUUGCCAGCCUCUCUGGAGAACCUCUUUUGUGAUUUUAGCAUUUUUAAAAAAAAGACUGAAGGAUCUUCAGGAUAUGUGGAAUGUGGUCUGUCUUUUUCCUUUGAUUUGACCAACAGCUGCUGCUUUUCUUCUUAAUGGAUUAACUAGUAUGUGUGCCCUGAAUGUGUAUGUGUGUGUGUAUGGAGGUACAGGUGAAAAUGGAUAAGUCCUUUUGUACAUAAUAGUUUUAUCUAACCACAGAGGUGAGAGGGUGUCCCUGUCCUUCCUGCCUGGCCCAAAUUCCUCUGACAUGAAUGAAUUUUGAAUACAUUAUUUUUAUACUGAAGAAACUCUUUGGGGGGAUUGCAUCUCCUCUGCCAUUCAGCAAAACGAGGUAGCCAAAGUGGUAGCCAAUAUUCUGUUUAGGAUUUUGUGAGACAUUACAAGAUUAAACAAGGCAAAACAAAGCCAAAUUCUCUGCCCUUCGUCUUACCGACCUGCCUCAUGACUCUGGAGCUCUGUCUGGUUAGCAUUAAGUGUAUAUAUUUGUUGUGACAUAUUUAAAUCAUAGAUACUGAACCA